CAUGUUUAAAAUGACAACUCUUGAGACAGCAUUUAAAACACACUGUAUGUAACUGUAUCUGCCACAAGGGGUAUCAAAAACAACACAGAACAAAAAAAAAAUGUUUGCAGUGCUCAAUGCGCGCCAGGUCUGGAGGGGAUAGCUAAGUGCAGAGCCAGACCUCCUGGAGGAAUAAACACCAGCCGUUUGCUCUGGUCUAGAUUGGUUUACCAAUGUGAGGCGAGCUCAGAAAUGACUUUGAAGUCGAUGUAUCUUCACUCCUGUUUAUCAACCGGAUUGCAGCAGCAGUCUUCAGUGGUGACGAUGCAGAGAGGAGAUAAAGGACCAAGAGAACCGUAGUCUCUGGUGACCGCUGCGUUAAAUGAGAGGUUGACCUGAAUUCAAACACACACUUAGACACACACACACACCCUCGGUAUGUGCCGUUGCAUGCUAGCUUGUCAAUUUGUCUGUUUGGGAUGAAUAAACACUUGUGCGAGUAAUGCAAAUAAACAGAAAUGAUGCCGCCGUCAAACUUGCAUGAGUAGCGUGAGGCAAAAGCUUGCUUUGCGGAAAGCGAAAGCACCGCUCAACAACCAAGGUUGCUGAUGAAAAUCCAUCUAAUGUGAGCCAGCCACUAUCACUCAUUAACUAGUCGGCUUUUUAAAGUUUUAUUCAUGAUACGUUUCGUCUCUUGGACGUGAACAUUAUUGGAAACAUUUUGCAUAACGUAAGAACACCACCAAACAAUACAAAAAAGGUCUAGUCAUUUCUUAGAAAUCUGAAUGCAAAAAUCUUACAUAUUGUAUUAAGGCAGUCAGACCAUCCUUUAUCAGAGCUCCACAAUCAUAUAAGUUUCCCCCUUUCAUUCCCCGAAACGCUGUACUCUAAAGAUACUGUAUAGCCAAAAGGGCAGAUGAAAUCCCAUCUGACUGUUACUCACGACAUCUUGCAGCUUGUCCCCUAUAGGAGGCGCUAUAGACUCCUGUCAGCUAAAACAUCCUGCUCUGUGAGGUGUUUCUGAAAAUGUCUUUUUUUGCAAGAUGUUUGAAGUGCCGCACAGUUUGACCCUGUUGACAGCCAAUCAAAUGUAACCCUGUUUCGAGGCUGCCGUCUUCUUUUCCACUCGAAGCACCCUGCUCUUUGGCCCUCUGAGACGAUGCAGCUGUAUAUGAUCCUCUGUGGACUGUUUCACCUGUCAGCACUGAUCCAGUCGGCUGCAGUCAAACAGGAUGCCGGGGUUAUAUCUGCCAGCGUUGGGGACAAUGUGACUUUACAAUGUUUCUAUGACAGCCAAGUGGCGAUGCACUUCUCCUGGUACCGGCAAACCUUAGGAGGUGGACCUGAGCUCCUUACCAGUAUUUACAAGUAUGACAAACCGUCUAAAGGCUUCCACUGGAUGGAGAAGCACCCUCGGUUCUAUGUGCAAAUGAAGGACAGGAUUAAUCAUUUACACAUCUCUGACGUCCACAUCUCAGAUUCAGCGACAUACUUCUGUGGGAGCUCGCACUCGAACAGAGUGGAGUUUGGAGAGGGGGUCUUUCUAAGUGUCAAAGGAGCCAGCCUCAAGGAAGUAAUCCAGGGGCCAGACUCCAAGAUUGUCCCACAGGGAGGCUCUGUGACUUUUGACUGCACAGUGCACACUGGGACCUGUGAUGGAGAACACAGUGUUUACUGGUUCAGACACGAGUCUCGCCUGGGAAUCCUUCACAUGCCCGGGGAUCGAUGGAAACACGUCCCUUCACCGGGGUCUCAUUCACCGGGGUCUCCCUCAGCGAGCUGUGUCUACCAUUUGCAGAACAUGAACCUGAGCUCCUCUGAUGCUGGAACCUACUACUGCGCUGUGGCCUCCUGUGGGGGGAUACUGUUCGGUAACGGAAGCAAGCUGUUUGUCCAAAGUAAGGCUGAGGACCAGAUGGCCAAGAUGAAAAUCCUAGUCUGGCUCUCCAUCAUCAGAACUGGGAUUCUCUUGUUAUUUAUUACUGUUUGUCUUUUGGUUUAUGUUGGUAAGACCAAGAAAAGUCCUUAAAUCAGAGUUUCGCUCAGAAUGCUCAUGUUAAUCUGAGUCUUUGUUACCGUUGUCAGAAUUUACACAGAAUAAGUAUAAAAAACAUAUUGUCAUUCUUUGUUACACUUCUUAAUAAAAGCAACUUUCAAAAAGCUAGUGUUUGUCUCCUCAUAAACAGACUUUUGUUUGUAGAGGAUGAUGCAAUUUGUGGAGAUAUAAUUAGGGCAUACAAUACAGCUAUGAAGAGCAACAACAGCAAAAGUUUUUUAAAAAGCAGUGAGAACACCUUUAACCUAUUGUCUAAUCAACCCAGGAACUAGGCUCAGAUUUUGCUAACCAUGACAGUGGUACACAACAUCCGUGCGUGGUUGAUCACAAAAAAAAAGUUUCCUGUAAAUGCGCACCGGUCCCUUGCAACAAAAUGAGGACAUCCUGCUUGAAAACCACCUUCAUGCAAACAAAAAUCUUAAACAGGCA